AGGAGUAGCAGUAGCCGCGUAUGCAGUUUCCAUGGGGACCGAAGAUGGCGCCGCGAGGUGAGAUUCCGGAGGUAAACGGUUGUCCUCUACCCCCCUGGAAAUCCUGUUCUUUCUGAACGGGUGGUAUUAUGCUACCUAUUUCCUGCUGGAACUCUUCAUAUUUCUGUAUAAAGGUCUCCUGCUACCAUAUCCAGCAGCCAAUCUAGUACUGGAUGUGGUGAUGCUCUUCCUUUAUCUCGGAAUUGAAGUAAUUCGACUAUUUUUUGGUACAAAGGGAAACCUCUGCCAACGAAAGAUGCCACUUGGUAUUAGUGUGGCCUUGACCUUCCCAUCUGCCAUGAUGGCCUCCUAUUACCUGCUGCUGCAGACCUACGUGCUCCGCCUGGAAGCCAUCAUGAACAGCAUCUUGCUCUUCUUCUGUGGCUCAGAGCUGCUGCUUGAGGUGCUCACCCUGGCCGCUUUCUCCAGUAUGGACAGGCUUUGAAGUACAAAACUUUCAGCCAGAAGCCCUCACAGGCUGAGACCACACAUACGUCUGGUACUUUAGCCGCACCAGUGAGAAACAGUGGGUCAAGUUGUCCUGGGAAAGGUUGCAGCUUUUUCUCAGCACAGACACUUGGGGAACCAACCAAGUAUAAAGCCACCAGGCACCAUCUUCUAAACCAGGACCAUCAGCCCAAGAAACUCUUCUACACUCCAGUAUAGGGAGGGGCAAGGCUGUCACCAUCCUGGCUCUUCUCAGAACCAAUUCCCUUCUGACCUCAAGUUUUCCUCUUUGAUCAUCGUGGCCAGAGCAUCUUGUGUGGACUGUGCAGGCUCCUUGGGCUUCCAGCAGGACCUGAGCCACACACUCCCUGUGUGUGCUGUGCCCCACGUCCCAGAGUGUUGCAAAAGCCGCUCAUCCCAUUUCUCAGAGACUGAGCUCCAGAACUUUUUUAGUAGUUAAUAGUGUUAUUUUUCUACUUUCAUCAUGAAACAAACAUUAUUUUAUAAUAAAUAUGUAUUUUCUGUUGUGGGGGUUGUAGCCUUUUCCUUAUGGCACCUGUCCCUAUAAUUUCAUCCACUUCAAGAGAAGGUAGAGACUAUCCCAGAGGUUUGUUCUUGGCUGUGUUUCGUGAUCCAGUGUGGACACAGAGGCAGGGUUGAAGAUGUCCCACUGAGUUUCUUCCCAUGGCUCCAGCCUCAGUUAAUCCCUAAAGGCCCUUCCAGCUUCUGUGUCUUCUUCGGAUCUGUCAUCCUGACUGCUCACACUUUUCACCUCUGCCCCAAAGCCAGCAUCUUUUCUCUCAUUCCUCUUACAGAUAAUUGUCAUCUUUCCAGGGUAAGGCAUGAGUAAUUGGAAGAAACGUAUUCUAAACUUACCAGUAUUUUUUUGUCAUUUGUUUUAAAAUUUCAAGUUAACAUAAAAGGAACACACACUUUUAUUCUUUAAGCUGGAGAAAUGUUGCCCUAGAUGAGUGUAUCAUUCCCUUCUCCAAGUAACCAUCUUUAAAACUGUUUCUCAUCUUGCAUGAUAGUGGCCAUUUUUUUUUAGCCCCAAGAAGCCAUGAACAGAAGCCACUUUAGGAAACCUUGAGCCAUACGGCCCCUCUGCUAUCAGAUGAAUCCGAGAAUAUCUGCUCUUACUCAAAGUAAAAAGUAAUUGGCCAUUAAGAAUGUCAUGCUGGCUUUUAACUGUUUAUUUCCUGUGAUCAGGCUCAUUCUCAUCCUAUGUAGGUCUCCACUGUCCAAAGCACUGAUGCUUUUUCUUAUUUCCUAAGCCCCUGUGUCCUUGCCUAAGAGCUGCCUUUGGGGCCCAUCCAAAGACUGUAAUAGAUAGGUCUAAUUAAGCAUGAAACAGUAACCAAAAAUCCAGUAGGAACUUCCCUGACAUUUUAACCACAUAUCCCACUAAUACCUAAAUUUUCUGCUGCUUCUUACACUGCUUUUUUGUCUACCUCUGCUUCGAAGAAACCACUGGCAUCAAACUGGAGAACUCAUCCUCCGUGGCAUCCCUAUUUCAUUUAGAGUUUCAUUGGUUAAGGUCCUCCUCCCAGCAACACAGAAGAAUGAAUGGGAGGCUCAGUUGGAAGUUUAGAGGUGGCUUAUAAUUCAAAGGGGCUUUAGAGAUCAACUUAAUCUCAUCCCCAGAUUGGCAGGUUUAGAGAUGAGGAAGUUACAUAGCCAAGCAUCAUGCAACUGGUUACUAAUUUGUUAGAAACUUUGUCUUAUGUGUCUCAGUCCGGAUCAAGUAAAUUCCAUUCCUCAACAGGUACCACAUGAGGAUGAGGAUGAAUGAUUGAAGAUGAGGAUAAGAUUAGAACAGGAAGUCCUCAUAUUUUCUUCCUGGGUAUCUGGAAGGUUAGGGCAUGGCUCCAUAGAUGCUCAUUCUUUUUAUUUUUAUUAUUUCACCGCAC